GAAAAUAUGUUGCUGCAGAAACAGGAGGAAUAAUAUGCAAGUUUUAAAGCUGAGUCUCUGAAUAUGUUUGGGAAUCAUUAAAUUGGCCUUUUGACAGCUGGAAUUUUCAACCUUUUCACUAGAUUAGAGAGAGCAUGGAAAAAGAACAAAUGUCUGAGACACUUUUCUCCUAUCGCUAUCCUGAUAACAAUAUUCAAAUUCAAGCCAACAUGGACGAGAUGUCCCGCACAUCGCUUUCACUUCUCACAGUGAAUGAAUGAUGGCCAGCAGAUCAGGUAGUCGACUCAUUUUCAUUUUUGGAUCGGACUGAGACUGAAGCAACAGAAGAGACUCAUGUGUAUCCUGAGCUAAUCUCCAUGGAACAUAUCUGCCAAACGUUCACGGCAGCAUUUGUCACUUGUUUUCUUGUAACGUCUUCUCACGGUACCAAAAGCACGAUUAAUGAUUCGUGGCCUUGUGUGACCACUCACGGCACUGGGCCAAUGUUAAGGAAUGACUGGGGUCCUGGGUAAAUAUUGAAAAAGUCAACAGUAGCUUUAAUGAGAAAGGCAUGUUUACAUUCUAAACAUUCAACUGAAACCCCAAUCUUUCCCCAACCUUUAUCCAAAGUGCUUUGUUGCCAAAACCAAAAGCACACACCAGAUGCAGGUCCCGUGAACCCGGGUCUCUGAUUUGAGUAAAUCCCGCACUCAGAACGUGCAGCGUUAUCCCGUUUUUGAUCAGAUUUAGGAUCUGAUGUUUGCACGGGACAUAAGCAGCCUGAUCUGACUGCCCGCAAAGUUGGCAGCAGUAACAGUGUGACUGUUAAAAGUAGAUUCACAGGCACCAGAACGCGGGGAGUCUAGAAAAAUGACUGUGGUUGGACAUGUGUUUGCUAUCUGACUUAUUUGAGGAUGUGAAAGUGACAUCAUGGAAACUGCUUUGAAAGCUUCUCACUUCAUACUGUUCUUUUUUUUUGUUUUUGUUCAAACAAGCCUUCAGGGUUUUUGGAAGAGUAACUUUCCUGCUUUUCGCAAGAUGGAUAUUUCAUUUAGGGAUCAAACAGCUGUCACCUCCUCCCCUGACUGUGGCAUUUCCACAUUCAGCUGCUGCAUAUCUCUUUAAGAAAGCUGCAUGACUUUCCAAACAUCUACCAAGGUCACACUGGGUAGCGCGGCCUAGCUCAGCGAACCCGACACUUCAACCAAUCCGGGGGCCGAGGAGGGAAAGACCUCUUCUCUCUCCGUGUGUGUCAGAGGGGUAAACUGUGCCAGACACUUCGCUGUGAGCUCCACCGUGGAGCCUGUUCACAGUCGGGUGGUUUCAGUCACUGGUAACAAGUCAACCCGUCAAACAUCCGCCACAAACAUAAACUACAUUCUUACAGGCCCGGUCAGUUUGUUCACCGAGUUAUGCGGACAAACCCUUUUCAGUGUGAACUUGCUGAAGCACUUCCCCGUUGCACUGUUCCCAAGGAAGUGUUUGGAUGCAACACUUGGCCUCCAGGGUUGCAGGGUGUGUAAAUGAAGCGCCUCCUUCGCUUGGGAAAGUGCUGUCAUAACCCUAGAAGCAGCCGGGUUCUCCUGCAGAGACGCGAUGCGGUUUAAACACGGAGACGGGAAGAGGUUUAUUGUGUCGGAUUCUGUCAGAAAAAUGACAGUUCUGAUCAUCGAGAGGGAGGAGAUGAGGAGCUCGGUGCUGUCCCUGCUGCUCAGUCUGUCCCUGCUGCAGCUGCCUCCCGUCGCCACCACACAGGAAGGACACUGGGAGGACUACAAAUAUGGCCGCCAAGGCUCGGAGCUGCACGACAAAAUGUCUUGCUGCUCCUGGAAAUGCCUCCUCUUCGCCCUGCAGUGGCCCGGAGGGUUCUGUCAGUCUUUGAGCGAAGAGACUCUGUGCAGGAUUCCUCGGAGCAUCAACACCUGGACGAUCCACGGCCUGUGGCCUCUUCGGGCGAAGCAGUGCUGCAGCUGCUGGCCGAUGUUCCGCUCUGAUGUCCAGGAGCUGGAGGCAGAGCUGACCCAACACUGGCCGUCCUUAGUGACAACCAAACCCAGCUUCGACUUCUGGACAGAGGAGUGGAAGAAACAUGGAGUGUGCGCAGCGUGCGUCGAAGGAAUGAACUCUCCGCCGAGAUACUUUCAGGUCUGCCUCAAACUACGGGGACACUUCGAUAUCCACAAACUGCUGGAGGACGCUGGCAUCACUCCGUCCUGUGAACGACCCUACAAGGUUGCGGAGGUUCACAGUGUCCUGGCUCCGCAUCUGAGUGACAAACAUGAGAUCCAGUGUGUGACAGACAACAAGGACAGAGAGGUUUGGUUUCAGGUGAAGAUCCCUCUGUCUCAGAACUUGACCGUCGGCUGCGAUCAUCAGGGCGAAACUGAGAGGGACCCGGCGGCUGGCUCCAGCCCGGGGUGGAGCCCUUCUACUGGACAUCCCUGCCCUCCUCAGGUCCCUUUCUACUACUUCCCCAUAGACCACCAGCAGCCCCUGCGGCCCUGUGGCUAACAGAACAGGGGAACCUGAAAACUUCAACGGCAGCAAGCUCCUUAUUGUAUUCCGGGGAUAACUUUUGACUUUAAAUGUGUGGUAGUAAGGAACAAAUCAAGGUGUGAUUGAAGUGCAAACUUACAGCUUUAAUUCCAGGGGCUUAACAGAAACAUAUUAACCGUUUACGAAUUACAGCUAUUUUUAUACAUAGUCCCUCAGUCAACGGCUGCCUGAAGGCUGGAACCCACGGACAUCACCAAGUGCUGAGUGUCCUCCCUUGAGCUGCAGCUGUCUUCAGUUGCUGCUUGUUUGUGGGUCUUUCUCAGUCUUCAGUGAGCUUUUGAAAAGCCUGCUCAGUUGGGCUGAGGUCAAUUCAGAUCCAUUGUGGAGGUGUACAGAGGCAAAAUCAUGAAAACUGUGUCACUGCCCAAAAACAUGUCUACCUAACUGUCUGUCAAAGUGUUGUUUCACUUUUCCCUUUUUAAUAAAUUUGCAAACAUUUCUAAAAUUCCUUUUUCACUCUGCCAUUGGGGUACUGAGUGUAAAUUAAUGGAAAAAUAAAUAAGGGAAUAAGGGAAAAAUAUAUUUAAACAGUUUUAGCAUGAGGCUGCAACAUAACAAAAUGUGAACAAAGUGAAUA